CCAAGGACACGGUAAAAAAAUCGAUGAUUGGAAAAAUUUCGUUUUGGACAACUAUUUGGUGGAUGGUAUUGUAUUUCUUUGGAAUUUCUUCACAUUGCCUUUAUAGUUUAAGGCCUUUGAUUAUUUGGGGAUAUCAUCGCUUUAUUGGUAUUGAAGACAAAUGGAUUGCACUGCCCUUUCAAGCUGCUUUACCCUAUCAGGAUAUGACUCAACUCAACAAUAAGACCCUUUACUCAAUUUUGUAUCUUUUCUUGGUACAUUCUGCAACUGUCACAAUAUAUGGAUUUCCUGGAGCUGAUGGGUUUUUUAUGUCAACUUGCAUGUACAUUUCAAUUUCAUAUCAAUGUUUGCAAGAAGAUUUCAAAAAGGCUUUUAAAGAUUUCAGUGAAGCUGAAGAAAACACAAGGACUAAUGAACAUCUUUACAAUGAACUAAGUGCCCUUAUUAAAAGGCAACAAAAUAUUAUCAAAAUGUUUGAAAGUUUUAACCAUAUCUACAAGUUUAUGAUUUUUGUACAUUUUCUAUUUGCCAGUAUAACUUUGGGAGUUGUUCUAAUGAAUCUAACAUUGACAUCUGGAAUGGCACAAAUGGUUAAUGUUACAUAUAUAAUGGGAGCUUGUACCCAACUCUACACUUAUUGUUAUGGAGCGGAGAGUGUUAACAAAAAUAUAUCAGAAACUCUUUAUUUUUGCGAUUGGUACAGAUACAACAAGAAAGUUAAAUCCUUGAUUAUUCUCAUAUUGUUAAAAAGUCAAAGAGGAAGCUUAAUGAAGGUGCCAUUUUUUCAACCAUCUUUGCCUCUUUUUACUUCAAUUAUACAAACUUCUGGCUCUUAUAUUACACUUAUGCAAACAUUUUUGUAAAAUGUGAAUUUAUUUUAUAAUU